AUGACGCCUCCGCCGCCGCCACCGCGUGCAGAUCCCGAAGAAGACUCGACUGCCGCAAACGACCACCGCCGUCCUGUAACUUCGGACCACUGCACAACCGACGACGGUCAACGUACCACCGCCGCCGCUGCGAUCACCAUGUCAGCCCCUAUCACAACCGCCGCCGACAACGUCGCGUACUUCCACCCGGCCGCUGCCGAAGGCGACGCCGACGACCACCACCACAGAACGUCGGCCACGAACGGUGGACGGCACGCGUCCGGAGCGCUGGACAGACACCAGUUGCCGCCGUCCACGCUAACGCCCGCGCAGUUCGAGAUGAGUUACGGAACGCCGGCCGCCGCCGACCACAACGCCAUGUCCAGCAAAGAUAACCUGUUGACGCCCAGAGGUCAGUUGUUGUAG